ACGAGCCAGAAGUUAUAGUGCGUGGGGCUGGGCUUAGUAGGAGACCUGCUGGCCGGGGCCGCCUCCUAACGCCCGUCAGCCGGCCUCUCUUCCUCCGUGGGUUUGGAGGAGCCGCGGCGACCUUGGCCUCCAGCGUCUCUGGCAAACUGACGCGGGGGUGGCGGCCAGGAUGGUGAUGCUGGACUUACUGCAGGCUGGCGGGUCAGUGCUGGGGCAGGCUAUGGAGCAAGUAACGGGCGGCAACCUCCCAUCCAUGCUGCUCAUCGCCUGCGCCUUCACUCUCAGUCUGGUCUACCUACUCCGCCUCGCGGUUGGCCACCUGGCCCCACCACUGCCGGCUGGGGCGAAAAGUCCACCAUACAUUUUCUCUCCAAUUCCAUUCCUUGGACAUGCUAUAGCAUUUGGGAAAAGUCCAAUUGAAUUCCUAGAAGAUGCAUAUGAGAAGUAUGGACCUGUAUUUAGUUUUACCAUGGUGGGCAAGACGUUUACCUACCUGCUGGGGAGUGAGGCUGCCGCACUGCUUUUUAAUAGUAAAAACGAAGACUUGAAUGCCGAGGAUGUCUACAGCCGUCUGACAACACCUGUGUUUGGGAAGGGAGUUGCCUAUGAUGUGCCUAAUCCAGUUUUUUUGGAGCAGAAGAAAAUGUUGAAAAGUGGUCUUAACAUAGCCCACUUUAGACAGCACGUUUCUAUAAUUGAAAAAGAAACAAAAGAAUACUUUGAAAGUUGGGGAGAAAGUGGAGAAAAAAAUUUGUUUGAAGCUCUUUCUGAGCUCAUAAUUUUAACAGCCAGCCAUUGUUUACAUGGAAAGGAAAUCAGAAGUCAACUCAAUGAGAAGGUGGCACAACUGUAUGCGGAUUUGGAUGGAGGUUUUAGCCACGCAGCCUGGCUUUUGCCAGGCUGGCUCCCUCUGCCUAGUUUCAGACGCAGGGACAGAGCUCAUCGGGAGAUCAAGAAUAUUUUCUACAAGGCAAUCCAGAAACGCAGAGAGUCAGGAGAAAAAAUUGAUGACAUUCUCCAAACUUUAUUAGAGUCUACUUACAAGGAUGGGCGUCCUCUGACGGAUGAUGAAGUAGCAGGCAUGCUUAUUGGACUGCUCUUGGCAGGGCAGCAUACUUCCUCAACUACCAGUGCCUGGAUGGGCUUCUUUUUGGCCAGAGACAAAACACUUCAAGAAAAAUGUUUCUUAGAACAGAAAACAGUCUGUGGCGAGAAUCUGCCUCCUCUGACUUAUGACCAGCUCAAGGAUCUCAAUUUACUUGAUCGCUGUAUAAAAGAAACAUUAAGACUUCGGCCUCCUAUAAUGACCAUGAUGAGACUGGCCAAAACUCCUCUGACUGUGGCAGGGUACACCAUUCCUCCAGGACAUCAGGUGUGUGUUUCUCCUACUGUCAAUCAGAGACUCAAAGACUCAUGGGUAGAGCGUCUGGACUUUAAUCCUGAUCGCUACUUAGAGGACAGUCUAGCAUCAGUAGAGAAGUUUGCUUAUGUGCCAUUUGGAGCUGGGCGUCAUCGUUGCAUUGGGGAGAAUUUUGCCUAUGUUCAAAUCAAGACAAUUUGGUCCACUAUGCUUCGUUUAUAUGAAUUUGAUCUCAUUGAUGGGUAUUUUCCCACUGUGAAUUAUACAACUAUGAUUCACACCCCUGAAAACCCAGUUAUCCGAUACAAACGAAGAUCAAAAUGAAAAAGGUAGCAAGGAACUAAAAUGUGAACAUCACUGUAAACUGCAAAAGCAUUGAAGAGAAUGAAGUUUAUGAAAUAACUCCCAGUAUACUCUUUUUUUUUUGAGUUUGUAAUUUUAAAUAAGUUUAUUUAAGCUUAUGGUUUUUAUGUAUUAACUGAACAGUGCCAUCAAAUCCAAGGAAUUUCAGAAAUUUCCUAAUAGUUUUAUGAUGGAUACUUCAUAUGCUCUCUUUAAGGAAAUCAAGCUCAUUAGUUUGGUGGUGAGGAUCUUUGUUAACUGGCAGACUCUAAAUGACACAAUUUCCAGGUGUUAAAAGAGCAUACAUAGCUCUUGGCGAGAAAGUUCAGAGUAUUUAGAUCUCGUAGUAGAUCUCCAAGUAUAAAAGCCCAGUGAAAUAUCUGGAAGCCUUAGGUUAUUCAUUCAUUUAUUGGGCAGUGUAUGUAUAUGUAAGGAUGGAUGGGGAGGGAAUAAACUCACAUUUAAAGCCUUGGAUAAAAGAGAAUCCUAUUGUUUUGGUAUGAUGAUAUUUAGCAAUGAUGGAGCUAUAUUGUAGGAAAAUAUAGCCUUUGAAAUAGCUAGAAGCACUGUCCAUAGGAAACAGAUUUCUGACAAUGACUAAUUAUAUUUCCUAAAAAAUAAUACAAAAUUAAUUUUGUGUGACUAGAUCUAAUUAUUGAAUAUCAUAUAUUUAUCUGCCUAAUAAAUUUGUAUCUGGGUCCACAUAGUUCCAUUGGUGUGGAAGUCCAAAAUAAAGUCCUUGAAGGAUAAGUUUUGCUCUCUUUGGCCCAAGGUGAUUUCCAUAUCCUCUCUAGAAUCUAAUCAGGGGUUUUUGUGACUAGUUCUGUUAAUUUAGGUUAACAAGCUUUUUUUUUCCUUGUUAAAUACAAAACCUGAGAUCAGGAACUUUGGCUUUAAGACAAGGGUAAUACAGUGCAGGGUUUCUUGGGAGUGUAUCUCACUGGUCAAAUUCUGUGAAGCCUGUGUUCAAGAAUCAACUCAAAUUAUAACUGGAGAUGUGACUGUGUAUUACAGUUCUGUUUAAAAGGUUAGCGGUCUCAUGUUAAGCUAUUGGUGAAGGCAAAAUGUGUGUUGUUGAGUUUUUCACAUUAAAUUAUCUUUGAGAAUAUAGUCUGUAUUCAUAAAUUAUGAAGUGUGUGAUUCAAUGAGAAAAAUUCAGGAAUCUAGGUACUGGGAUGGGAAAAAAAAUGCCAUCUUUAUUUGUACUAAUUUCCUUUAUUCAUGAAUUUAUGUAACCUCAUUAGUAUUAGCAGUAUCCAUGAUUCUGCAAACAGAAAUCAGAUACUUUUCAUAUCACAUUAUAGAUAUCUCUUAACUUUUAUCACUACUGUGAAAUUAUGGUAUUCUAAGACUGUUAGAUCUUAUUUCUUACUCACCACUAGAAUUUUUUUAAGUUUUGAGUAUGUCUAUAUAAUUGGUUUCCUUUGCAAUCUUAUAUACUGUAUGUUUUUAAAAACAUUAUUCUGGGGACUCCCCUGGUGGUCCAGUGGUUAAGACCUCACCUUCCCGUGCAAGUGGUGCAGGCUGGACCCUUGGUCGGGAGCCAAGUUCCUGCAUGCCUUGGGGCCGAAAGACCAAAACAUAAAACAGAAGCAAUACUGUAGUAAAUUCACAAAGAUUUUAAAAAUGGUCUACAUCCCAAAAGCAUUAUUUUGAGAAGGGAUCCAUAGUUUCAUGAGAUUGCUAGAAAGGUUCAUGGCACAAAAAAGUUAAAACUCUGUGGUAAGGCUGGCUCAUGUUUAGUGAAUAGUUAUAAUAAAAUUUAGUUUUUAACUACAGAAUAAUUAUUGAGAAGCAUUAACAAGUCUGACUGUGGAGGCCUGAUGUUAUAAGGAUGCUGACGGGCAAACAAUUGGGAGUGAAACUGAUCAGAGGUACCCACUCACUCUUUUCUCAUUCUCCCUUAGAGUGGAAUCACCUUGAAUGGAAAGCUGUGCUUAGCUUAAAAAAGGUUUUACCCAUGAGCUCCUCUCUUCAACUGUUUUAGAAUACAUUUGUAACUUCUAGAACACGUUAUUGGAACUUAACUGCUAAUAUGGAAAAUUUAGGUAAUUUGAAAUUUCUAAGAAUGCAGAUUGCCUGUUUGUCUUGGUAUAAAUUGUAAACUAUCUAAUGUUAAGACAGAACCCUCUGGAAGUUAAGUGUCAGAUACCAGUCUCCUUGCUGUUUUAGUGGUAGCCAUGUUAUCAAGGAGGACUAGUUUGAAGAAAUAACAUUGAGACCUUGA